CGGAAGCUGUAUGUCUUUGUCUAACUUGACACUGGUCCCAAGUUGUGUGUCAGGCAGACGGGACUGUGCGCUGCGCGGAGACGGGAGACACUUCACCCGGCACACGGAGUGUGUGCUGCUGUCCUCCUCACUGCUCUCUCUGACUGUUUCUCUCUCUCCGUUUCUCUCGGUCCGUGUUUGGCUCUCAGUCCGAGGACGUGUCCGCGUUGGACCGUGGGUGUGGACGCUGACACUCUGGACUCGGUGCAUGAACGGACCUUUUUUUUUUUGAAGAAUACCUGAUGCUGCAUCUGCACACGCACAGCGCAUAGAGAGCGCAGGACCUCUCCCCCUCACACCAGGCCGGGGCCGAUGCUGACGUAAGGACAAUUCCUGAUGAAGAUGGAAUCAUCUAUACGCUGCAGGGCCGUCCUCAUCUUCUUCGUGCUGUCUUCUGUCAAGAGUGAAGAAGAGCAGCACCACACUGCAGAGUUCCUGCCAGAGUUUGCCCUCUUCCCUCAGGGCAGUUUCAUGGAAGAUGCCGCAGAGGAUCAAUUUCUUACCUACAGAUACGACGAUCAGGCGUCCAGAACCACCCGCUCAGACGAGGACAGGGACAUGGGCUGGGACGCCUGGGGCCCCUGGAGUGACUGCUCUCGCACCUGCGGGGGAGGAGCCUCCUACUCUCUGCGGCGCUGCCUCAACGGAGAAAGCUGUGAGGGGAAAAAUAUCCGCUACAGAACCUGCAGCAACUCUGACUGCCCUGUAGACUCGGGAGAUUUCCGGGCCCAGCAGUGUUCGGCCCACAAUGACAUAAAGUACCAGGGUGCGACUUAUGAGUGGAUCCCAGGACCUUACGACCCACUGGCGCCCUGUGCUCUGCAGUGUCAGGCCAAAGACAGAAGCCUUACCGUUGAACUUGCUCCGAAGGUGUUGGAUGGAACGCGCUGCCGUGAGGAUGCCUUCGACAUGUGUAUCAACGGAGUUUGUCAGGAAGUGGGCUGUGAUCGACAGCUGGACAGCGGAGCCAAAGAGGAUAACUGUGGCGUCUGUGACGGUGACGGCUCCACGUGCCAACUGGUGCGAGGACAGGCCCUGCCUCACCUGACACCAGAACAAUCUCUAAAUACCAUUCUGGAGGUACCGGUGGGAAGCCGCUUCCUCAGACUCAGUGCCAAAGGACCUGAUUUCAUUGUCAUCGAAGCUGUGUCUCUCCAGGGGCGAAGGGAGGAGACCAGUCUGAUGUCCACAGGGUCCUACGUGAUCGGUAACACAUCGCUGGACUUCCAGAGAGGGACAGACCGACAGACACUCAGGACCAGCGGCCCACUCCACUCUGAUUACAUCGUUAAGCUGAAGUACGGCGGCCCCAAGGACACGGUGGUUCAGUUUUUAUUCUACCAGCCAAUCAGAUACCAAUGGAGAGAGACUGACUUCUUCCCGUGCUCUGUUACCUGUGGUGGAGGUUACCAGCUGAACUCUGCCGAAUGCUACGACAUCCGAUCCAACCAGACUCUGCCAGAGCACCACUGUAAAAGCUACCCUGAAAACACCAAACCCACACCGAAGCUCAAGGAGUGCAACAUGGACCCCUGCAAAGACGGUGAUGAGUUCAAAGAGGUGAUGCCUCGAUGGGAGCAGGGUCCCUGGACCCAGUGCUCAGUGUCCUGCGGUGGUGGCUGGCAGGAACGCAGCGUGAUGUGUGUGGAGGAAGACAGUCAGGGACAGUUCUCCCAGGUGGAGGAGUGGAAGUGUACCCACUCCCCUCAACCUGUCACCAGGCAGACAUGUAACACUUUCUCCUGCCCCCAGUGGGUGGCCAUGGAAUGGUCACAGUGCACGGUGACGUGUGGGCGUGGCUUGCGUUACCGUGUGGUUCUGUGCAUUGAUCAUCGCGGCCAGCACAUCGGAGGCUGUGAGACGUCACUGAAACCUCACGUUAAAGAAGACUGUCUGGUCCCUGUUGCCUGCCACAAACCCAGAGAGUCCCUGCCAGUGGAGGCCAAAUUCCCCUGGUUGAAACAGGCCCAGGAACUGGAGGAACACCAUACUGCAACAGAGGAGCCCACAUUUGUCCCCGGGCCCUGGUCACCUUGCAGCACCACAUGUGGUGUGGGAAGACAAACACGAGAGGUGAAGUGUCAGGUUCUGCUCUCGUUCACUCAAACAGAGGUGGAUCUUCCAGAGGAGGAGUGUGGAAAAGACAAACCUCUGCUGGAGAGGCUCUGCAAUCAAGGACCGUGUAAUCAGCUUCCUGGCAGCUCUUUAGAUCUUCAGGACCAUUUAGUCCCCUUCAGUGACGUGGAGGAACUGUUCAUCUGGGACUACAGGGGCUUCACCUCUUGUUCAGUCUCAUGUGCCGGUGGUAAAGCUCCUCCAACAGAUGUUAAACCGGUUUAAUCCUCUGGUAACACAUUAGACAUCGUGUCCACCUGGAUUUGUCUUUUGCUCUUCGUCCAGGCAAACAGACGGCGAUUGUGAGGUGUGUUAACCAGAAGACGGGCGAGGAGGUGGAAGACUCACUGUGUGAUUCAUCCA